AUGAGAUAUUUGACUAAAUUUGUGUUUUUACAAGCUCAAGGCAAAUUAUGCCAAUUCUGUAAAACCAUGACUCACAAAGUAUUUGUGUAUGGUACACUAAAGAGGAACGAACCCAACCACAACUGGCUGACCAAUCCAGAGAAUGGUGUCGGGACUUUCAUAUGUGAAGGAAGAACUAAAGUUAAAUAUCCAUUGAUUAUAGGGACAAAAUAUAACAUACCAUUUUUGUUAUAUAAACCCGGCACUGGAUUUAAUGUCAAAGGUGAAAUCUAUGAAGUAGAUGAAACAAUGCUCGAAAAGUUGGAUAUAUUAGAGGAUCAUCCUAACUUUUAUAUUAGAGAGACGGAUGAAAUUGUUGCUGACAAAGGAUGUUGCGAACCAGAAACUGUAAAGUGCUGGGUGUACUUCCUUAAGAACUUUCGUCCGGAACUGCUCUCGAAGCCAGUGCUAGAAAGCUACUCCGCAUCAGGAGACCACGGGCUGCCCUACUUAGAGAGGUCCAAAAGAGAUCCUAAUGAUAACUUUUAUCCUGAAGUCAAA